AUGAUGCAAGGCCGAGAAGGAAGUUCUAUCCGGGUCUCGAGACUGAAACGCCCCGACGAGAACGUCAGACGGGCGUUCCCCAUCUUCUUCAUGCGCUUCCAGCUGUCGUUGCUCAUGCACCGUUUCUGCACCUUUACGCAAGAGGGCAUGUUCGAUCCACCCCAGAUGGCCGACAAAAUGGAUCGACUCUUUCAGGACAUGCGAGCCUGGAAGAGCGUCGUCUUGGAAGAGUACUGUCCGGAAGGGCGAAUCCAGCCCGACAUGCCAAACUACCACCACAUAAUCUAUGUCCACCUGGAAUACUACAUUGCGCUAUUAGGCCUGUCGGUCGUCAUCGGGGCCGCAGCGCGGCUUCUCCCAGGCCAGACCAACAUCCGGCAGCACAACUCGACGUACAUCCGCGACUACCACAACAUCCGGCUCAUCUACUCGCGGCGCAUCCUCGAAGUCAUCUUCAUGAUUUCCGACUCGCGAAACCACCAGCCCAACGUGACCUGCUGGCUCAGCUCCGUCACGAUCCUCGGGCCCUUCUCCUGGCUCUACGCCCACGUCAUGGACCACCCGGCGCACCCGCUCGCGCGCGCCGACCUCAAGCUCCUGCACAAGGCGUGCCAGAUCUUCCACGGCUACGUGACCGACUCGCCGCGCAACAAGGCGCUCGAGGAGCUGCUGUUCACCAUGCUGCGCGCCGCGUCCAUGCAGGUCCUGUACUGCGUGCCGGCGUCGCUGACCGCCGACGCCAACACCCCGGGCGCUGCGUUCCCGCCCUUUUCCUCCACGAAUAUCCCCGCUGCUGCGCCGCAUAGCUUCCCCAUGCACACGCCCUACUCGCCGAACCUGGCCGGUGCCGGGUCCGCGCACGCGCACCCGCAGUUUCCUCCGCACAACCAGCCGCCGCACGCAUUCUUCGACUUCUCGGGCGCAGCCGCCGAGGCGCUGUGGGCGUUUGCGCCGGGGGCCGCGUCGGCGUCGCCCGCGUCGUCGUCGGCGGGUGCGCGUGCCGUGGUGCCGCUUCCCCAACAGCAGCAGCAGCAGUAUCUGGUGAGUCCGGGGGGAGCGCAGCAGCACCACCACCAGGGACAGCAGCAGCAGCCUCAGCAGAGCCAGGCCCAAGGCCAGGCCCAGGACGAGCCCGCGGGCACCGCGUACGCGGAACAUCCGCUUUUCCCCGACGACGUGGAUUUAGGGCUCAUGAUGCCGGAGGCGCUGGGGGGGUUCUUUGGCGUCGAAGAGUUGGGGGAGGCGUUUUUUAGGUAG